AUGGAUAGGCUGAGUUUAUCAACAGAAGAACCUGCUAAGAACACCGUUAAAAAAUAUAAAAUACUUUGUAUUGUUCUUCUUGCCUUGUUGGUGAUUGUAAGUCUUGGCCUGGGCUUGGGACUUGGACUAAGGCAACCAGAGAAUCAAGGCAGCUGCAGGAAAAAAUGCUUUGAUUCAUCAUAUAGAGGACUGGAAAACUGCCGGUGUGACAGGGAAUGUAAAGCACGAGGUGACUGUUGCUGGGACUUUGAGGACACCUGUGUGGAAUCAGCUCGGAUGUGGACAUGCAGUGUAUUUCGUUGUGGUGAGGCCAGACUGGAGUCCAGCCUCUGUUCUUGUUCAGAUGACUGUUUGCAGAGGAAAGACUGCUGUACUGACUAUAAAAGCGUUUGCCAAGGAGAAACCCCAUGGGUGAAAGAGGAGUGUAAAACAGUCCCACAGCCUCAGUGUCCAGAAGGAUUUGACCGACCACCUGUUAUUUUGUUUUCCAUGGAUGGAUUUAGAGCUGAAUAUUUACAGACAUGGGAUAUUCUAAUGCCUCAUAUUAAUAAAAUGAAAACAUGUGGAGUUCAUUCAAAAUAUAUGAGACCUGCUUAUCCAACCAAAACCUUUCCAAAUCAUUACACCGUUGUCACGGGCUUAUAUCCAGAAUCACAUGGCAUUGUUGACAAUAAUAUGUACGAUGUACAUCUCAACAAGAAUUUUUCACUUUCUUCAGCAGAGAAAAAUAAUCCAGCUUGGUGGCAAGGCCAACCAGUGUGGCUAACAGCAAUGUAUCAAGGAUUAAAAGCAGGGACCUACUUUUGGCCAGGAUCAGACGUGCCUAUAAAUGGCUCCUACCCAACAAGAUACAUGAAUUACAACAAGAGUAUUCCAUUUGAAAAUAGGAUUUUCCAGUUGCUAAAUUGGCUGGACCUUCCCAAAGCUGAAAGACCUGAUUUUUACACCAUUUACGUGGAACAGCCUGAUUCUGCAGGACAUAACUCUGGGCCAGUCAGUGCAGAAGUAAUUCAAGCCUUACAGUCAGUAGAUAAAGUCUUUGGAAUGUUGAUGGAAGGUCUCAAACUGCGGAACUUGCACAAUUGUGUCAAUAUAAUUCUCUUGGCGGACCACGGAAUGGAGCAGACUUAUUGUGACAAGUUGGAAUUUAUGACUGAUUAUUUUUCCGAAAUAAACUUCUACAUGUAUGAAGGACCUUGCCCUCGCAUCAGGUCGAGAAAUAUACCUCAGGACUUUUUUACCUUUAAUUCUCAAGAAAUUGUUAACAAUCUCACUUGUAGAAAAGCUAACCAGCAUUUCAAAGCCUAUAUGACUCCAAAUUUGCCCAAGCGACUACACUUUGCUAAUCAUGUCAGAAUUGACAAAGCUCAUCUUUUGGUGGAGCGACAGUGGCUGGCUGUGAGGAAUAAAAAUUACAGAGCCUGUGGAGGAGGCCAUCACGGUUAUGACAAUGAGUUUAAGAGCAUGGAGGCUCUCUUUUUGGCACAUGGACCCAGUUUUAAAGAGAAGACUGAAGUUGAACCAUUUGAAAAUAUUGAAGUCUAUAAUCUAAUAUGUGAUCUUCUACGUAUCCACCCAGCACCCAACAAUGGUACCCACGGUAGUCUGAACCAUCUUUUGAAGGUGCCUUUUUAUAAUCCAGCCCACGCGCAGGAAAUGUCAAAUCAUUCUGUUUGUGAAGUUCAGUCUCUGAAGCCCACAGAUAAUCUAGGAUGUACAUGCUCUGAAUUACAAACUGCUGACAUAGAACGUGUGAAUAGAAGGCUAAAUCUCACCCACAAUGAAAAAACAGACACAGAAAAACUAAACUUGCCAUUUGGGAGGCCCAGAGUCACGCAGACAAACAAGGAACACUGUCUCCUUUAUCACAGUGAAUACAUCAGUGGUUAUGGAAAAGCUUUUAAGAUGCCCAUGUGGACAUCAUACACAGUUCCCAAACCCGGAAACACAUCGUCUCUUUCUCCCACUGUCCUAGACUGUUGGCGGGCUGAUGUCAGGGUUGCUCCUUCUGAGAGCCAAAAAUGUUCCUUCUAUUUAAACAAGAAUAUCACCCACGGCUUCCUCUAUCCUCCUGGAAAUAAUAGAACUGCUGAAAGUCAAUAUGAUAGUUUAAUUACAAGUAACUUUGUCCCUAUGUAUGAGGAAUUCAAAAAAAUAUGGGAUUACUUCCACAAUGUUCUUCUUGUAAAACACGCUAUGGAAAGAAAUGGAGUAAAUGUGGUUAGUGGACCAGUGUUUGAUUAUAAUUAUGAUGGUCAUUUUGAUGCUCCAAAUCAAAUUAUAGAGCAUGUUCCUGACACUGAUGUUCCCAUCCCAACACAUUACUUUAUUGUGCUGACAAGCUGUAAAAAUGCAAGUCAUACCCCUGAUGCCUGCCCUGGAAAUCUGGAUGUUCUCUCCUAUGUCAUUCCUCACAGGCCCACCAACGAAGAGAGCUGUCCUCAAUUUACCACACACAAUACUUGGAUUGAAGAAAGAUUGAAAACUCAUGUUGCCAGAGUUCGUGAUGUGGAACUUCUUACUGGACUUAACUUUUAUCAGGAUAAAAAGCAGCCUGUCUCUGAAAUUUUGCAACUAAAGACAUAUUUACCCAUAUUUGAAACUAUUUUUUAA